UGUGUUAACACUUUCACAACCCCUACUGUCGCAUGACUAACAGUCAUGCGGUCAGAAAACAAUAUGUUGACCAUGAUUUUUUUCUCAAAUCACCCUUUUUUUUGUGUGAAAGUGCAUAACUUGCUAAAUGUAAUUCCUGGCAGCCAGGGGCCUUUUACAUUAUAACCGACUCGCUUGCAUAACUAACCUAUUUCACAAAGACUGAAGAUGAGCAUUUAAACAACAGGAGAACGAAUCCCCUAAGAUAAAUCAGUUUUUUUACAAAACCGACAAGAUGGAGAGACUCUUUCUUGUGCAUGUUCUGUUUACAAUGUGCUGGGCUGUGCCUCAAGACCUCUCAGGUAAAAUGUUCACAUUUCCAAAGGAGUCCGACUCUGAUCAUGUGGGGCUAAUACCAAAGGGAGAAAACUAUCCUUCUGUGACAGUAUGUCUCAGGUAUUUCACAGAUGUCAAGAGGGCGUUUUCCAUCUUUUCCAUGGCAACUCCGACAAGCACCAAUGACUUUCUGUUGUUCAAAGAGUCCAAUGGUGACAUGGAGCUACAAGUUAGAUAUGUGGGAAAUACAUUCACAGGGCUACCAGAUGAGCAGAACAUGUGGAUGGCUCUGUGUGGGAGCUGGGACUCAGUCACCGGACUCAGUCAGGUUUGGAUCAAUGGGAAGCCAAGUGCAAGGAAGAUAGGAUACACUGCUGGGAGUGUGCUGAAUGGAAAACCCAUCAUAAUCCUAGGUCAGGACCAGGAUUCUUAUGGUGGACAUUUUGAUAAAGGACAAUCGUUUAUUGGUCAACUCACUGAUGUGCACAUGUGGAAUUAUGUUCUGUCACCUUGUGAGAUCCAGCGCUUCACAAGCGACUUAAAUUUCACCCCUGGGAAUGUACUUAACUGGAGGUCCCUUGAAUACACGAUUAAUGGGCAUGUUGUUCUAGAAAACAAGCAAACACCCUGCCAAGAAUGAGCAGUGUCAACCAAUCAUUCAGCGUUGUUGAGAAAUGUUGACUAUAAUCAAACAUCUGAAUAUGCUUGUGUGUCUAUUCACAACUAUCCUGCAAAUCAUCAUAAAAAGUGUUUUUCUAAUCAAAUCAAGAAACACAUUAUAUUCUUUCCUAAAGCAAUAUCCUCCAAUGAAUCUAAUAAAUUUACACUCUUUAUAA